GCCCGAUUCUCCUACCUGCACAUGAAGUAUCUGUUCUUCUCAUGGCUGGCAGUUUUCGUGGGUAGCUGGGUGGUGUAUGUGGAGUACUCAUCCUACUCAGAGCUGUGCCGUGGACAUGCAUGCAAGAAUGCCAUAGUGAGUUCUCUAUUUCCUUAUAUUAAAUUAGUAAAUUGAUGUAGCCACCUACUGGUUAAAAAAAGUAAUCCUUCAAAUACAGUCUUCCAAUGUUAGCUUCCAUAUUGUAUUGAAACCAUCCUGUGAGCUACUAUACAAAACAAACACUAUUUCUGUGUGUCUAUUAGUUAGUUACAGUAUACAAACCCACACCAUAUCUAUGUGUUUAUCUAUUUCAGUGUGACAAGUACAGGAAAGGAGUGAUCGACGGCUCAGCAUGCAGCAGCCUGUGUGAGAAAGAGACGCUGUACCUGGGGAAGUGUCUCUCUGCCAAGCCUAACAACCAGGUCAGAUCUGCCUUUAUGUCUGUUCCGGCACUAGCUGAUACUAGUUCUAUGGUAAAUCUCAAACGUCUUUCUGUGAUUUCUCACGUCCUCUCUCCUCGCCUCCUUUCCAAAAUGAGAGGGAAGGAGAGCAUCCAAGGACCUUCUCCUCCAAUCCACCUGCAUCUCCUCACUUCCUUCUGACAUUGGAGAGGUGGUGAGGAGAGAGGACACGAGGAAUCAAGAAAGGACUUUUGAGAUUCACCCCUAGUGUUUAGCCCUACAGGGCCAAUUGCAACCAUCAUUGGCCACCGAUUUACAGCUCCAUAACGCGGAUGUUGGGGUUAUCUUUUAGUCCCAUAGAGAAUGAUAGAGCCCUCUAGUGGCCAAAAGGCGGUAUUAGCAUGGGCAGCGCCAUUGAGGGCUUCCACCAUUUUAAUGUAGUCAACUGGGUGGGACUUCCAACUUCAUUGGCUGAUACCUCCUGGUGACCCUGUUGGAGUCAUGUCCAACCGGUUCAUCAGGAGGGAUCAGCCAAUCGUUGAGAAAAAAAUGGACUACUUCAAAAUGGAGAUUGCCUCUGGCAGUGGCCAUGCUGUCACAUACGCUAUAAUGGCACAGAUACAAAGAUGAGUCCUCAUUGCAACCAACAUUUUUUCAAGACAAUUUUGCCCUCUGGUGGGUAUUAUCAUCAUAACAGUUUAAUCCCAAAGUCGAUUUAUCUAUUUGAUAAUCAUUCCGUACAACUGAAAUAAAGUAUUUAAUUUCCUCGUUUACCAUGGCAAAUCUACUAUGGCCUUAGACCGCUGCGCCACUUGGGAGGCCCUUACUGUGGCAAUCCUACACAUUUUAUGAAAGACAAAAUCAUGUUGGUGCACUCUCUUAAUUUUUUGUUUCCAAUUUAUGUAAUCCAUUCAUUCCAAUUUGUCUUUAAGAAAUAUAAUCAUUUCUUAUCAAGACCAGGGGUGGGAAAUAUCCCUCCACUGUCCAUAUUUGUGUAACUAAAUCAAGUCAGUCGUGAUGGGUUAUAUAAUCUAUAACUUUUAUCAAAUGAAAAUGUAGUCUAAUAAAGUUAUUUCAAAAGGCACACAUAUAUCAUUUGGCAAUUUAAGAUGAAAGGUUUGAAUGAAGUAUAGGCCUCCUAUAUUCUUAUAAUAAGUAUUUUACAUUCAUCAGCCUUACGGUUUCAGAUGCUCCUGAUAGGUUGUAAUUUAAUUGGGUGCCGUAAUAAAGAAUCUAGACAAUGAGAGUUGCAGCUGUCUGCCAUCAAUGUAAGAUCAGCUAAAUCACUGGUUUAUGCUUGUGGGAUUUUCAUUGCAAUCAAGCUUAUUUCAUUGCAAUCAAGCUUAUUUUAGCACGCAGGUGCAUGUAAUCUCCCAAUUACUAUCAUUUUAAGAAAACCAGCGCUAACACGGUGCUCCAUGAGAAUUUCUGCAUAUUCGUUGCUAUCCACCCAGUGUUUCUGUGUCUGAUAACUAACACCAGUGUGUUGUGGCUCUAUGUGUGUCUCUCUCAGGUGUACUCAGGUGGCUGGGGGGACCUGGAGGGGGUGAUUAAGUGCCAGAUGGAGGAGGUUCCCCGUUAUGACCCGGGAGCUGAGAUGGAGCACAGGAAGGAGGCGUCGCACUUCAACAAGCCCACCAAGGGAACCUCCGUGGAGAAGUUCAGAGAGAUAGUCCUCAGCCACCUCAAGGUCAGAGUACUGUCCUCUCAUCCCAGUGUGAUUCAUUAGCCUACCUGCUUUUCCACUUGAUUAAUGGGUUCAUGUCUGCAACACUUAUUUGACGGCUAGCAACAUAAGGACUUUAUAACACAUUCAUAAUUCAUACAUACUGCCUUCAAAAUCAGGGCUUCAUAACCGAAAGUUGAUACUUUCGUUAUGUCACAGUAUUCACAUUCAUGUAACUUAUUGCAUCCUUUGUAAGUGUGUUAUGACUUAAGUGGCUAGUGUGUUCAUUAAUGCAGUUCUGUUACGAAGGUAUCUCUUACCCUUAUUCGUCUUCCUCUCCAGACCAAGGUGGGUGAACAGGCCAACCUUGAAGACCUGGUGAGCCUGGUUCUCUUCGUGGCCGACUACAACAAAGACGGCCUCAUCUCCCUACCUGAGGCCCGUUCCAUGUGGGCCCUGCUCCAGCUCAAUGAGUUCCUGCUAGCGGUGGUCCUGCAGGACAGGGAGCAUGCCCCCAGGCUGCUGGGCUUCUGUGGGGACCUGUACGUGAUGGAGAAGGUAAUCUAAUAGGAACAUUUAUGGAUUCUAAUAACUUUUUUGUGAUAUAAAAAAAAUGAAUCUCACACAACACAAAAAUUAACACCAGCAAACAUAACAAAUGGAUUCCAAUCAUGAGCUUAUUUAUGUGAUGAAAGUCAUCACAGCUCUCUCUCUCUCUCCUCUUUCUCCUCACCCUCCUUCUCAACCCCCAUCUCUCUCGCUCCCUCUCUACCCCUCUUUCUCUGUACCUGUAUGUGAUGGAGAAGGUGCCCUACACUCCCUUGUACGGCAUCAGCCUGCCCUGGGUAGUGGAGCUGUGGAUACCCGCGGGCGUACGACGCAGCAUGGACCAGUGGUUCACGCCCUCCUGGCCCCGCAAGGCCAAGAUCUCCAUCGGCCUGCUGGAGCUUGUAGAGGACGUCUUCCACGGCACCUUUGGCUCUUUCCUCAUGUGUGACGUGAGUGCAGCCGGCUUCGGCUACAACGACCGCCACGACCUGAAAGUGAUGGACGCUCACCACAUCGUCCCCGAGGCCACCUUCCAGGAAGCCAUGAGGGAGCGGCGGUGCGACAUGGACGAGGACUGUCUGUACGGGGUCGACUGUCGCACUUCCUGUGACCUCACCAAGCACCGCUGUACGCCAGAGGUGACGCGGCCCAACCUGGCCAAGGCGUGCGGCUCGCUGAAGGACUACCUCCUGCGUGGGGCGCCGUCUGACAUUCAGGAUGAGCUGGAGAAACAGCUGUAUGCUUGUAUAGCGUUGAAGGGCUCGGCGGAACAGAUGGAGAUGGAACACUCGCUUAUACUGAACAACCUGAAGACCUUG